AUGUCGCUCAACUCCCAGAUCUUCAACUACGCAGGACUCAUAAUCUUGGCUAGUAUCGGGUCCUACGCUGUCUAUAUCGGUUCGCAGAAAUGGAUAAGAUACCAAGCGAGAGUACGUCGCGCAAGGCAGAUGCCGAUCGAGCCUUUGCUACAUCAUGACUGGAGGUCUGAGAAGCCUCGCCAGCUUCGCCCAUUCAAGCCAACUUACAAUAUCACCAUGGGAAUCCAGCAGGACUCGUUUACGGCAAGACAGUUUAUGGGUUUCGUCCGGGGGGGAGAAGAGGCGACCUACGAGUUGUACUCAUACCUCCUCACCCACCACCUCCCCUCGCGCUUCCCCGGGCUGUUUAAGAUUCAUAACAAUGUCUUCGAAAAUCAUAUCACGGGGGCAAAUUUCCCAGCAGAGCCCCCUCAUGACCCAGAUUAUUGCUUGAGAGUGCUGGCGGAGACCGUAGAAGAAGAUAUUUUCCUGUUGCAGGAGACCGAAUCAACUCAUGUCUGUCUGGCUUUUGCCUGUUGCCAUCCGGCUGGCUUCGACCCUUCGGCCAAGCUUGGAGCAGACCUCAAGGCAAUCCAUGGCCCCGUUCCUCAUUUUGAGAAGAUCGGGCCUAGCAUGGAGAGAUAUUUCCGCAAGCUUGAAGUGGGGAAAUCAGUCAAAAGAGUGAAUUGGAAUAUUCAAAUCGGGACGGAUAUCACCAAUAUCGCCGGAAACCAUAUCAAAGAAGGCGAUACGUUUGUUUCUGACGAAGCAGUAAAUUGUGAAGAGGGGUUCUUACGAUGUGAGCUCCAGUCUCUCACUAGACUGCCAGAAACCAAGUUCAUCCUCUUCAGCUUCAAGACGUACAUGUACCCUUUAGGAGAUAUCAAGGCUGAAGGCUCUGGUCCCGAACUCGCAGACGCUAUCGACGGUCUGCUUACAGGAAACGCGCCAGGGCUGAACAAAUACAAAGGGGCCGUGAGAUGGGGUAAGGGCGUAAAGGAUUACUUACGCUCAUAA